AUGAAGAAUCCUGGAGCAAUACUAAUGUUGGUUGCAUAUUUGGAGAUGGCGGUUGUAAUGGGAGGCGCAGCCCGAUUUUCGGGCAUAAAUAUUGGGGCGAGGCUUGCAGCUCCAGGAGGUCGUAACAAUGGCGGCAAUUCGAUUUCGGUUGCAGAAGCCGGUCCAAAUCCAGGCGGAAACUCUGAUAAGCUGAUGGAGGAUGAGGAUUCCAAUUCGAUAGCGCGUGCUAAAGCAGGUCCAAACCCAGGAGGCAAUUCUGAGAAUGUGAUGGAGUCGUCUGACAGCAAUUCGGUUGCGGGUGCGAAGGCAGGUCCCAACCCAGGUGGAAAUUCACUGGGAGGGCGCAAGGAUGCUCACCAAUUUCGCAUGUCACGUCCCGCAGGACAUGCAAACAUUGAGGGACGGCUGUUCUCAGCUGAAUCAUCUACACAUAAUCAGCUUAGGAAGAACGUUCUCUCUUUCUAA